AAAAUGAAGAUUGAGUAUUGAGGUUUAUUUAGGAUUAUUUAAUUAUUAUUAAAAAUACUUUAUAACACGUGUUGAUUUGAAUGGAAAUAUUUAAUUAAUAAAUGGCAAGUUUCUGUAGACUUGUGAGAAGUAUUAGAAUAUCAAAAGUGGGAUUAACAAAAAGAAGUAUCAUGACAACUUCUACAAAUGCAAAAAAAUUUUUGGAUGCACUCAAAGAUAACCCAUAUUUCGAUAAAUAUGCAGGAGCAAUUGCUAAAUUACAGCAAACUAAUCCUGAAGAAUUUUUAUCAAAGAUUGAAGAAAAUGAAAAAAAGAAAAAACGUGUAAAUAAAAAUGAUACUCCCCAAGGAAAAUCAUUUAGCACAGAAUUUCCAGCAAAACCAUCUUUAUCUUCAUCAUUACAAACAAAUACUGCCCGUUUGUCUGAUGUGAUGAAAAUGGAGCUUCUGGAAGAUAAAGUGAACAAGAUUGUUUUCAAGAAUUGGAGAACUUUCUGUGGUGUAGAUAAAGUGCGAGCAAACAUAAAUCAGAACUUUGUGAGAAACUUUAGUGAUUAUCAAAGGAAAAGCGUCUAUGUCACUACUCCAAUUUUCUAUGUGAAUUCUGGUCCUCAUAUUGGUCAUUUAUAUACUGCUGCUCUUGCGGAUACUUUCACACGUUACAAUUUCAUGCUUGGUCACGAAGUUUUCUUUAUUACUGGAACUGAUGAGCAUGGUAAUAAAGUUCGUAAUGCUGCUAUAAAAAAUGGGGUUUCAGAAAAAGAUUACUGUGACAACAUAUCAAAUUUAUUUAAGGAUAUGUGCCAUGAGUUUGACAUUGAUUAUUCGAAAUUUAUUCGAACUACAGAUCUUGACCAUGAAAAGUCUGUUCAUCAUUUCUGGAAUACACUUGAGAAGAACGGUCACAUUUACUUAGGAAAGUACUCAGGAUGGUAUUGUACAGAAGAUGAAGCCUUCGUACCAGAAACAGAAAUAGAAGAGAAAAAAUUUGAAAAUGGUACGAGUAUCAAAAUUUCAAAUAGUUCAGGAAACACAGUUGAGUGGAUGGAAGAAGAAAAUUACAAAUUUCGCUUGAGUUCAUUUCGAAAUGACUUAAAAUAUUGGCUUAAAGAUGAAAAGUCAGUUCAACCGUUAAAAUAUCAUAAAAUUUUAUCAUCGUGGAUCGAAGAAGGAAGCUGUUUACAAGAUUUGAGUGUAUCCAGACCUUCUUUUCGAUCACCGUGGGGUAUUAAAGUUCCCCGUAAUGAUUCUCAAACAAUUUAUGUGUGGCUUGAUGCUUUAGUAAAUUAUCUAACUGGUAUUGGUUAUUCAUCGGAUCAUAAAUUGUCCAAAUUUUGGCCACCGAGUUUGCAAGUCAUCGGAAAAGAUAUAUUAAAAUUCCAUGGGGUUUAUUGGCCAGCAUUUUUAAUUGCUGCUAAUCUAGAACCACCGAGGACAUUAUUAUGUCAUUCACAUUGGACAGUGGAUGAUAAAAAAAUGUCUAAGUCGAAAGGGAAUGUCGUUUCUCCAAGUGAUGCUGCUAAAAUAUUUACUCGUGAUGGUCUAAGGUAUUUUUUACUUCGUGAAGCUGUUCCUCACAGUGAUGCAAAUUAUAAUGAAGAUAAAAUUCGAGUAAUAUUGAAUACUGAAUUAGCAGACACUCUUGGAAAUUUAGUUAGUAGGUGUAUGGGAAAAGCAGUAAAUCCGCAAAAAAUUGUUCCAGAACCACACAUUGAUCACAUCAACAUUUUAAAUUCAGAUGAAGCUAAAAAACUAGCUGAAAGUUUACACUUGCUAUCAUCAACUGCUCAACAUCACUACGAAGAUUUCAACCUCCACCGAGUUGUUGACUCUGUGAUGCAAACCUUAUUUUUAGCCAACAAAAUGAUUGAAUGUCAGAAACCUUGGGUUCUAGCAAAAGAAAAGUUAUCAAACAAUCAAGAUAGCAGCCGAAAACUAGAAGCGGCUUUAGCACUUGGUUUAGAAGCCGCGAGAAUUGCCUCGCUUGUGUUACUUCCCAUUAUUCCACGGUUGAGUUCUGAACUUUUAAACUUUUUAGAUGUUCCAAACUCUGCACGUAUGUGGGAUAACUGUAAAUAUUUGAAUACGGGACGUAAAAAUGUUUGUGAAAAUGACAAGCAGGAAAAUUUUGCAUUUUUUGCAAAACUUAAAUAAAUAAAAUAAUUUCUGAGUGCAUUUUAUUAACUUGUAUAGAAUUUAUAAAGCUCAAAUAUUGAUUUUUUAUAAAGAUAUGAUAAACAUUUGAUAUACAAAUAAACAAUGUUUAUAACUCGA